AUGAAAAUCCCAGAAGUCAUCGUUAAGGAGUUUAAGAGAAUUUCUUUUGCGUUGGCUGAAGACGAAGCUUUAUUCGAGCAAUUGAAAAGCUAGAGCUUAGAAUAGUUUUGGUAGAAUAUUGAUUCAAUUGUUGAUAAGAAGGGGAUUUAUAGAACAAUGGAAAGCGAUCACAUCGCUUUCUUCUUAGAUCGUUUAGAUUAGUUAUUAGAGGAAAGUAUAGAAGUUAUCAAGCGAUAUGAAGUUGGAGACGAGUACAGAUAAGAUGUCAAUAAUAAUCUUUAAGAAAAAAACCUAAAUAGCUCUGAAAAUAAAUCAACAACUACCCCUCAAACAUAAUAGCAAGCAUAAUAAAAAGAUUUAAAUGGAAAAAUGCAAGCAGAAUCUACAUUUUAGGUAGAGGAAGAAGGGAAAUCAGCUUCUAAUUAUGUAGCAGUCUCAAAGGAAUAAAAAGAUUAGGCUGAUGCAUAGAUUUUAAAAAUAUUACAGAUUGAAUCUAAAUUGCUAAAAAAGGAAUAGUAUAAAUUUUUGUAUAGAUAGCUAGAUAGAAUCUUGGAUAUUUUAAAUUGGAGUGAUUCUUUAAAGAUUAAGAGAUCUGCAUUGUAUAUCCUGUUACUUAUUGUAGUUAUUGAGGAAGGAUCUCCAAAGCAAGAACUCAUAUAUUUAAAGUAGCAACAAAUAGAUUAGAUGAGCUUCUUCGUUCGUUACUACAUUCACCAUAUUAACUCUUUCAAUGAUGGUUACACAGAAUUAUCAGGUUUAUUUAAAUUUGAUGAUGAAAGAUUUUACAAAUUGGAAAUGAUUUAUAAUCCAAAAUACAAGGCUGCUGGUAUUCUUGAUUUUGAUAAAGCACAGUAGAUUUAAAAGGAGAUUAAUGAAUAGGAAGGAUGUAAUUUAAUAGAAUAAAAACUAACCACGAUAGGAACUAGUGAGAAUUCAUCAUUAACUGAAGUUGAAUUUGAGGAUGCUACUGAUCUAGAAUAGAAGCUAAUUAAAAUUUUCUAAGACUAAUAAGAAUAAAAUUGGGAGGAAUUAUUAAAUAAAGCAAAGCAUUUUGAAUAUAUUGAAAACUCAAUAAAUACUAAGCCUCUUAACAGUUUGUCUAUUAAACCAAUUCUCCAAAAAUUAUAGGGAGACAAGUUAAUUACUUUUGAACUUAAAUAUGAUGAGUCUUUAACCCUAUAUCAAAAUGUCAAAAAAAUCUAUCAUGAAAAUAUUGGAAAGCAAUUAGAUGAUUAAAUAUGUUUAUUUGGCGGUAUUAAAGAAAGAUUGGUUAUUCUUAAAAAUCUAAAAUGCCGUGAAUCGAGAACCGAAAUUGCAAAAAUGUUUCUUCUCUCUGUUUAAGUUCUAAGUUUUUUAAUGAAGGUUACUAAGAAACAUAUGCAAUCUAUUUUUACUGAUUAACAGUUAUCAUUUGAAAAGUUUUAAAAGUCAUUUCCAAAAUAAGUUACAGAUUUAAUUCAUUUAAAUCUUGAUCCUAAACUCCAUGCUGAUGUUAUCAAAUUUAUGUUGGUAAUCAUCAAAGAAUAAAGCUAAUUGAAAAGAAUAACAGAAGAUUAUCUCACUAAAUUCUCAGAUAGUUUGAUUAUAAAAAUAUACACAGAUUGCUCUAAUUUAGAACUUUAGGAAGUUAGAGAGGAUAAUCAAUUUAUGGAAAUUGAAAAUGAGAAAGAUAAAAUGAUUAUUGAAAACGAAGAUAUUAGAUUAAGAAGCAAUCAUCAAUUCAAAAUUGUAUGCAAAGGAUAAACAGUUUAAGAAACAACUCUACUUAAUUCUAAGUUUAUUGACUAUGCUUUGACUUUUGUUAACACUCUUCUAAAAAAUCCUGAAAAUUAAGGAUAAAGCUUCUAAGAAGUUACUCCUUUUUCCAUGAAUUUUGUUUAGAUUCCAUUCCAUAAAGAAUAUUUAACUUAUAACUUAAAGCAAAUUCGUAAAGCUAUUCAUUCUCUUUCCCUAAUGAUUUAAAUUGAAGACAUACAAAGAGAAUAUAAAAUCCUAUAUAAAAUACUUGACAAAAUAGAAUAUUAUCUUGACUAAAAACCUAAAUUCUAAUGGGUUGAUGGCAAAUGGUCUCCAAUUUCACAAAAAUAAUAUGAUAUUUUCCUUGGGUAGCUAUUAAGAAUAGUGAAUUAAAUUUUUGAAAACAGCAGCAAAAGAUCUAGAAGAAUAACUCCUCAAUUAGCCAAAUAAUUAACAGAAUGUCCUAAAUUUUUUAUAAUCUUAGGAAAUUGCAUUGACAGAAUUAUAAAAGGAUACAGCGAAUAAGAAAGCUUUAAUCUAAUCCCUCCAAAUCCUACGAUCGUUCAUGAAGAAACUGAAAAAAUACUAUUAAUAGAAACAGUACAUCUUUUGAGCAACAUUAAUAAAGAAAAUCCCAAUCUCAUAGAAAAGCUUCUCGAAGAAAAGAUUAUAUAAAAAUCUAUUAAAGCUUUACAAGUUCUAGAACUUCCUCAUGAUACUAAAUCUAUUUCCUAAAUUAUUUACUUUUUAUAUCAUAUUUCUCUUAAGGAAUAAGGAAGAUCUGAAAUUAUGGAAUCGAAAUUGCUACAAAAAAUUUUCGAUGUGUUUAUUGACGAUAACUAUGCUGAAGAGUUUUAUGCAUACACAUUAAGCUCUGUGAUUGAAGCAAUAUAAAAUUAUUAUAACAAUAUUAAAGAAAUAGUAGACAUUAUAUAUGAAAAACUAAAUGAUCUCUUGACAAAUUUACGUAAAAAGUGCAUCACUUAUACAAAUUAAAUAGAAAGAUACCUGAAUGUAUAAAAUAGUGAAGAGAAUUCAAAUAUGAAUGCAGAGGAGGAUAUUAACUUUAACUAUAAAAAUGUUAUCUGUUAUCAAAUUUAUAAUGUAUGUAAAUUGAUUGAGAAGCUAAUCACAGGCAUAGAAAAUGUUUAUCCAGAUACUAAAAAUAAAUAUGCUGGAGAAUGUCUUUUAAACUAUUUAGAAAUAUUAUAAUUCCCCUUUUUGUUCCUUAUACCUUAGCGCACUACUCAUAAAACCCCAUUUUUUUCUGUAAAGACAACAUGCAAAGCAAUUUAUAACAAACUGGACCCUAAAAAUGAAGUUGAGAAAAAUAAAAUUAACAAAGUACUCGACAUCAACAUUUAGAAAAUCGAAGAACUCUUAGGUAAAAAAAUAGAAGAUGUGACUUCACUUAAUUUAGAGCUCGUUAACGAUUUAACUUCAAAGAAUUUCAUAAAAUUAGUUAAAGAAAAUAAAGAUGUUUAAUAUUAUAAGUAAAUUAAACUGUACUAAUAACUCUAAUUUUUCGAUGCUAUGAUAAAUACUUUCAGAUCACUAAGAAUUACAUCUUAAAUGAUUAACUACUAGGGAUUUGUUUAAAAAAUUUCUUGCCUAUUCCCUAUAACAUUUAAUUAAAGGUUUUAAGAGCAAUUCUCAUUUGUAAAAUAAAGAAUUACUUAUUUGCAAGAUCAAGCUUAUAACCUUCGUAAAUAAUUAGAAUAAGACAAUGAAAGUUUGAAACAUGAAUAAAAUAAUUUAGAAAAUGAAUUGAAAGAAUUCAAACUUUACUUUAAAGAAAAUAUUCUUUCAUUUAAAAAUCAUGUAAAUCACUACAGCUAUCAAAAUAUUAUUUUUUAUACCAUACUAAAGCUAGUUUAUCAAAACUACAGCUAAGUAGUAGAACUAGACUAUAAUUCUCAAACUAUUCAAGACAAUAAGCAAGAUGUGCAAAGAUUAAUAACUCUUACUAUAAAUAGUAUAGAUGCAAAUUUAAUUGACAUUAAAAUUCUUGAAAAAUAUGACAUGAAAACACUUGAAAUUUUCAGUUCUCUUGCAGGAUCCUUGGUUAUGCUAACUUAGAUCCUUUAAAUUUUUAUGAAGGACUCCAAAUUAAUCAAUUAUAUGAUUUUAAAUAAUCUGUAAAAAUAAGGCUCUAUUGCAAAAGUUGUAGAAAUUGCCAGAAAAUUCACUGAAAUUUGGUAAUAAAUUGAAUUGAAGAGCUUAGUUAAAAGUUAAAAAGAUUCUGAUGAAUUAUAAAAUUUAUCAAAAGAAAGUUAGACUUAUUAUAGAAAAUACCAAACUCUACUUUCUAAUAGUAUAGACCACUGUUUAGAAACAAUAAACUUUAAGCUAGAAUAUUUUUUCAAGAUGAUUUCUUUAUAGAUUCAAUUUAGCUUAAAUUUUAAAAAAGAACAAAAAGAAGAAUACAGAGAGGAUAUAAGAUAAGGUAUAUAUGGAUGGAAUUAUGAUUAAAUUAAAAGUCAAUAGCAAAUUCUCAAAUCUAUAAAAUUCCCCUCCAAGAAUAGAUAUUAUAGCAUGCUUAUUGAAUUUUUAAUCACACAUAUUGAAUUAUAAAUACUCCCAAGGUAUUAAAAUACUAAAAAAUUUAUUGAAAGUGAAAAAUAUGAGAAAGCUGAUUAAAACCAACUAUCAGACGAUCAAUACAACAGUUUGAGCGAUACAAUUACAGAUUAACCAAAAGAGUUCUUCUAGUUUGCACUUAAAGAGUUUAGGAGGGAUAAGCAACUUUAUGGAAGCAAUAUUGACUUAAACGACUUCACUGGUUAUAUACUAGACAACAAAGAUAACUUAAGUAAAUUGUACACUUCUUAAGGAGAUAUAAAGAAUGAUCCCCAAUCAAACAAUGAUUAAGAAUAAAUUGAACAUUUUUCUAAAAUGAAGAAAGAAGAUUUCUUUGCAAAGGUAAAAAGUGAUGCUGAGGAAAUGUGCUCGUAUCUGCUUCGUGAGUUAUUUUGUUUCAAGAAUCAUUCUGAUCAGAUUUUAGCUCUUCUUAUGAGAAAGGAAUUGGUUGAUAUUGAUUUCAUAAAGACUACAAUAUUAAAAAUUAAAGAUUUGCAACAAUAGCAUGAAAAAAAAAUUGCAUAAUCAAUAGAAAUAGGAGAGUCUAAAGUAUCAGAGGAUGCUUCUAGAAAAUCUAGAAGAGGCUAAUCAGUUGGUCUUACAUAAUAAAGAGCUAAUGAUGGAGGUUCUGCUUCAAAUAAUCCAGCUGAGUUAGGAAAUGACAGUCCCUUAUUCAGCCUUCGCCCUCAUUCUGCUGUGAGAAAUGUGCCUCCUGCUGCUCCUUUAAAUGUUUCUGGAAGUGGAAGAUAAGAAUAAAGUAUUGGAAUGUUUUAAAUGCCUUAAAUGAUUAGCAGCACUUUAAACAGUUAAUUUGAUAAUCAAAGAUAAAGAAAUCAAUUUUUUGAGUCAUCUAUAAGUGAUGCUUUGGGAAGACCAAGAAUGCAACAAAAUAGAUAGUAUUUGUAUGGAAGAAGUAGAUAGGCUAUGAUGGAAAAUAAUUAAAAUGCUAAUUAAUAACUAAGUUAAGGGUAAAAGUAAGAAAAAGACUUGUAAAAAAUAGAGUAAAUAAAUUAAUUUAAACAAUAAAUUGCCUAGUGGAGUGAUGAUUACUUAGUAACUUAAUUUUAACAAGUGCAAGCAAGUCAUAAUAGAAUUUCUUAUGUUAUUUUUGCUACUCUCAAUCUUCUUAUUUCUAAAAUAUUUAAAGAUUUCAAAUUUAAGAAUCCCUUCAAAGGAACUAAAGAAACUAUUGCUAAAUUGCGUAAUAAUGAGUUACUACAUGUACCUUCAAAACUAGAUACCAACAGUUUAUAUAAGUUAGAAUUAAUUAAUGCAAUCAUGCCAUUUGCUGAAAAGUUUGGAUUUUAUUCAUACAAAGAAAUCUCAAGUGAAAAUCAAGUCACCGAAUCUUCUGAAAAAGUUAGUAAGACAAAUUAAUUAGAUGCCUAAAAUACAAUUACUUAAACUAAUUAACCACAAACUAUAAUUUAAGCCACUGGUAAUGGAGAAGAACCUUAAAAUUAAAGCCAGAAUAAUAAAAUUUUUAGUUUAAAAUUACUUAACUUAGAUGAGCUUGAGAUAAAAUGGAAGGAAGGCAAUGAAAGUUAUUAAAUCGGUAUUGAAUUUAUUAAGAUGGCUAAACACUUAUUCACAAAUGGAUAAAAUGUAUUCAGCUCAUUAAAAAAAGGUGAAGACAAAGAAAAUCAUAAACAGACAUCGUUUGAUGCUAUUACAUUCUUCAUUAAAAACUAGUGUCAUUUAAUAUAAAAGGUUAACUCUAUGAAUUUAAAGUUUAAAUAAAACUUGAAGAAAGAUCUUGAAAAAGCUGAACAAGAAGAACUCUAAGUUAUGAAGAGAAAUACCUAGAGUUAGGAUAAAAAUACUAAAGAUAAAAAAACACAAAAUAAAACUUAAAAGCCUGCUACUGCUAUGAAAGAGGAUGAGUCCUAAAAAAUGAUUGCCGAAGAAAAUCAAGAAAAUUAAGAAAAUGAAAAACAAUAAAACUAAGAAAAUAAAAAGAGAAUCAAUAAAAAUAAAAGAAAGAAAAAUAGUAAAAGAAAUAAAAAGCAGAAAUAAACCACCAAAGAAGCAACAAACGACAAUUAAAAUACAUCCUCUUAAAAGAAAUAAAAAAUUGAAAAAAUUUUAGAUGAAGAAAAAAGCUUACAAGAGAAAUUAAAGAAAUUGAAAGAAAGCUAAACCUUAAUUAAUAACUACGAAAAAGAAGUUAUUUCUAUGUUUGUUAGCCUAUUACAUUUUAGUAAUGAGCAGUAUGAUUACUAUAAUUAAAGCUUGAUUAACAUAUCCAUAUUGACAUUUAUUCUAGACACUAUCAAAUAAUAUUCUGAAUAGAGCAAAUAAUACUUAAAUUAGUUUAUUUAAGAAAAAGGUAUUUAUGAGCUUCUCAAAAUCAGAGUAUAGACAGACUAAAUAGAUUUAAUAAUUGAAAAAUUAAAUAUCUUCUUAACUAACAUCACUCAAGACCCUACUAUGGCUUUAGCAAACUACGAGUCUAAGAUUAAAUAUUUCUUUUAUGAAAAGUGCAUACAUUAGCAAACACUGAUGUAUUAAAUUAAUAUUCCUUACUCAAGAAAACAAAAACGUAACAAAAAAGAUACAAAUAAAAAGACCACUUCUGAAGAUUCAUACUUAAAGAAGAAUAGCUCAACGAAAUUAAAGUUUGGUAAAGAAGAAUCUAUUUUUGAUAAUGUUAAUGAGUAAAAUAUGACAGAUUUUAAUACAUCCCCACCUAAAUAAACAUCACAAGCAACAAGAAAAUCUGUUUCUCCAUAAAAACAACAGAAAGCCCCUUCAUCAUAUUAAUAGCAAAAUCCUUUAUCUUUAAGCUAAUUAUUGAAGUCAGAUUUAUAAUAAAACUAACUACCAUAAUAAUUACCAGAUAAAAAAAUGAAAAAGAUUAAAGUUAGUAGAGAAGAGUUUUGGUAGAGAUUUGAAAAAUUUAAGAGCAUCCCUCUUUUCUAAGAAGUUCUUUCUAAGCUCUGCGAUUAGAAGAGUUUAAAUGUAAAGCAAAAAUCUUCUAAAAGUUCUAACUCAAAUGGAUCCUCUAAGGGAAAGUACUUUAAGUUACCUAAAUAAAAUUAACGUAAAUAAUAGCAAUCUCAAAGUGAUAUAUUUUCAAACAUCUAUUUGAGCUAAUAGUCGUAGCCUAAUUUAACAAACUAAGAAGAUCAAAGUUAAAAUUAAAUAAUUCAAGAUGCUCAAACACAACCUUAAUAAUAGAAUUAAAGCAUCAGCUCAAAUAACUAAUAAAACUAAAACACUUUAAACGCACCUAAAGAUAAAAAAAUUCAAAAAAGUAAGUCAACUAACUUAUCAUCUAAAAGAAAGGGUAAAUUCACAAAGAGCAAAAAGAAAGUCUUUGUUAGCAAGGAAUUCUUCAUUCUCAAAGAUGACAUUUAGCUACACAAAUUUUAAUUAAUUCCAAAAGAAAACUUCUUAUCUAACUUGUAAAACUAAACUUCUAUUCCUUUAGUUUCAUCAAAUAUCAUUCAGAGUGCUAAAAAAAACGAAAACAAUAAAAAGGACAUGAAAUAAAGAUCAGCAUCUGCUUCAGUUUCUAAAUAUGCCACUAAAUAAUCAUCUACUCUUUUCAAGCAAAAAAGUGAAAGUAAGCAACCAUCCAUUAAAAGUGAAUAGAACUUAGGAGAUGAUAUACAAGGAUAAGCAAACAAAAGCAAUUUAAAUCAAAAUAAUUUUGACUAAAUGAUCAACUUCGUUGCUCCUACAUAUAUUUAUGAAACAAUAAAUCAAAUACUUGAGAGUAUUGUAAUUCAAUUCACAAAGAAAAUUAUUUAAAAUUAUGACGCAAUUCAUAAAAAUCAAAACAACAAUAAAUAGUCUGAUUAAAAUGAUGACUACCUUUUCAAUAAUAUAAUAUUAUUAAAGGUCAUUUAAAUUAUAGCUAGACAACAAGCAAUACUUAUUCCAUAAAUAGUUAGAUUUAGAUGUUCUAAAAUAGUUAAAAAAAUUAUUUAAGGUCAUCCCCUUGAACCCGUAUUUAACAAAUAGCUUGGAAAUCAUUUCCACUUCUUGAAAUUCAUAACUAAAUGUGCAAAUUACUUUUCAAUUUCUCAAGUAAAAGGUCUUAUUUUCGAGCUAUGCUUAGACAAAUAAAUAUUAUAUGAACACUUCUAGAAUAAUAGUGGAUAAUAAUAAAAUCUAGGAUCUCAUCACCAACAUAAAACAACAUAAAAUACUCAUCUUCACUAAUAAACUUAAAAGCAAGCUUCUAAAAUAAUUUCUUUUGGUGAAGAGAUUAGGAAAAAAGUAUUAGGAGAAAUUUAUUCAUCAAUAGAAAGUGAAAUGAUGAAUAAAUAAAAUAUACUUGAGAGACCUCAUACAGUCCAUAUAUUAAUUUCAAAUAUUUUACUUCACAUAAAUUUACUCAACAUUAGAGAAGUUGCAAAAUUGUCUCUUAGAAAUUUCAGCUGUGAUUUUACUCACUUGAUUGACUAAUAUCAAUCAAAUUAAGGAAUUCAUUCAGAAUUCAAACAUGAAAAAGUAGAAAAUAAUGAAAACUUAUAGAAUGACUCAAAUGGUUAUAAUUUUGCUAAACUCUAUGGAGACAUCCUCAAAAAAUUUGAUAUUUCAAAGCUCAGCCAAACUUGCAAUGUCAUAGCAUUUGUGACAUCUAUCCUUGAAAUAUUAUAUUUGUUGAAUUAUUACUUUAUUCUUUAUCCUUCUGGAAUAAGUGGUAAUAAAAAUGAAGGCAAAAAAAAGAACGAAGACUACAUGAGCAAAUUUAUAUAGUCAUAAAUUCUUACUUAAAAAUUUUAAAAUCAUAUCAAGUAGUAUGCUUAGCACUAAGGAGGAGUCACUAAUAUCCUUAUUAAUUUCCCAAAUGAUGCAAUAGGAAUUCAAAGACGUCCCUUCAACUUCCAACAUGGCUCUGAGAGUGUUUUAAAUUAAUUGAAUAUGUUUAAUAGAAAUAUUAUUAGUUUUGAUCCUAUCACUGCAUUAAGCAGAUUUACUUAAGGUGCUACCAAUUUGUUAAAUCCCAUAGGUGGAAACGUAUCAAUUAGAAUGACUACUGAUAGAGAUCCUUCUUUCAUCUAAGAUAGCUUCCUCUCCAAUAACUUAAGAAGAAGCACAGCUUAAAAUAGCUUAAUAUUUUUAUCAAACUAGCAAAGAAGAUAGAAUAAUAAUGAAUUAGAUAGUAUGUUUGGAUAAAAUUAAGAUGGAAAUAAUGAAAGAAAUAGAGAUGAUGAGCCUGACCAUUUAAUUAUGGGAAGAAUAAAUGGAGCUGAUGAUGACGAUGAAGAUGAUGAUGAUGAAGAAGAAGAUGAAGAAGAAGAGGAAGAGGAAGAAGAUGAAGACGAUGAGGAAGAAGAUGAAGAUGAUGACCAUAUGGGUUAAUAAGAAGAAAGUAUGGAAGAUGAGGAUGAAGAUGAAGACGAUGAGGAUGAAAGCGAAAACGAUGAAGAAGAUGAAGAAGAAGAAGAUGAUGAUGAAAGCGAAAACGAUGAAGAAGGAGACGACGAUGAUGAUGAAGAAGUCGAUGUAGAUGAAGAAGACUUAGAAGAUGAGGAUGAAGAUUUAGAAGAAGAAGGUGGUUAUGAAGAUGAAUAUGAUGAUAAUGAUUAUGAAACAUAUGUUUAUAGAUAAUUUAGAAGAGGCCUUAGAAGGGAUAGAAGAAAUUUACAAAAUAACGAUCAUUCUUCACAAAAUAACGAAUUUUCAGAAAAUACGAAUCCCAACAGAAGUAGAAGAGCAGGAAGUCAAUAAAAUAGAAACCGAUUACGUUCAAAUGCAAAUGACGAAAAUGAACCUGGAUCUUAAUAAUCUAUGGGUAAUUAGUAGCAUGAUUUUGUUGCUGAAGAUCAAGAUAUAUCUUUGGGGGAGGAAUAAAAUUCUAAUAUUGGUGAUGAUGAAGAGGUUGAAAUUAAUUAAAACAAUCAAGCAGAAGAGGAAGAAUUAGAAGAAGAUGAUGAUGCAGUAGAAGAUCAAGAAGGAGUUGCUAUCUACUUAGAUCUUUCUCCAGAAGUUAGUCAUUAGCUAGAGUAAAACUAGAUUGCAAGUCAUGAAGACAAUUUAGGUGAAUACAAUCAUGAAGUACAUGGAGAAGAAGAAGAUGAUGAAAACGAAGAAGAUGAUGAUGAUGAAAAUGAUAUUGAUGACGAUGAAGAUGAUGCUAAUCGUGAUGGAUCAUAUGUUAAUGAAGAUUGGGAAAAUUAUUCUUCAGGUGAUGAAAUUUCAGACAUUGAUGGCUAAGAAGAUAUGUCUAAUGAUUAAUUUUAUGAAGAAAACUCUGUUGAAGAAGAAGAAGAUGUCCGUGAUAGAGAAGAUGCAAGUGAAGAUGAAGAAAAUUAAGAAGAAAAUUAAGAGGAAGAAGAAGAAAUAAUUCAUUAAGAUCAUGCUGAUGAAGAGGAAGAAGAAGAGGAAGAGGAGUUGAUAAGCGAAGGUGAAUCAAACGUUUGGAAUGAUCAUGAAUUCUCUGAAGAUGGCAGCCAUAUAGAUGGAGAAGAAAGUGAUGAAAACGAAGAUGAUGAAGAAGAAGAUGAAGCUUUUGUAGAGCACCCUAUAAAUAUCAUCGAAUUUGAUAAUCUAUUGAAUCAAGUAGAUGGAAUGGAUGAAGAAGAUGAUGAAGAGGGUGAGGAAAAUGAAGGCGAAGAUGGCAAUGAUGAAGAUGAAGAAAGAGAGGAUGGUUUAGAAGAAGAAUUAGAGAAUAUUGAAUAAAACAAUUAUAGACAAGAAAAUGCUGAUAAUGCAGAAAGCCGCAAUAGAAAUUAAUAAGGUGAUUUUGAAAAUAUUGAAUAAGAUAAUAAUGAAAAUUAAGAUGAGGAAGAAAUAGAUGAAGAUGACGAAGAUGAUAUGAAUCACAUCAACUAACCUGCUAAUGUAAGGUUUAUGAAAAACCGCAAACCACAUGAGAGAGAGUCUUCAAAUAAGAAUAGAGAAAAAAUAAAUGAAGAUCCAGAUUUUAAAAAAUAGUAAAAUACAAGAGAAGUAACUGAAUUCACAAAUAUCAAUAUGAGUGAAUGCAUAAGAGACUCAUAUAAAAGAUGCUAGAAUUCUAUUCAUCUUCACUACAUUGGCACUCAGUAAAAUAUUCCCAACCAGACUUGCUUCAAGGAAGUUUAAAGAGAAGUUUCCUUUAUUGAAAAAUAAAGUGAAUAAUCUGAAGGUUCCGAAUAGGCUCUAGCCAAUACUUCUCCCAAAAAAGUAGGGUAAUAAGGUGAUUUGACUCUUGAAUAAAAUAAUAGAGUAUUUGAUAAAUCAGUUUAUGUUGCAUUAUUAAUUUACUAUAGACACUUUAAUUUCGAAAGUGCAUAUAAUAAGAUUUCUAGAAGUAAUAGCUCCUAAUACCACUACAUGGAGAAUCAAGGAAACAACCCUAACUCAGCUACAAAUGCUUAGCAAGAAUUAACUAACACUUAAAUGGUCCCUUCACCUUAUAUGGCUAAUGAUAGACGUAGCUAAACAAUUGCUGCUCAUUAAAGUAAUGCAACAUAAUACCGCUUAGGUUUGAGAAUUCCUCACCACAUGUAAAUGAGCUCAUAUAAUCGUCACGUACAUAGUCGCAAUUAAAUGUAGAACAGACCAGUUGAAAACUAAGAGUCAGAAAUCCCAGGUAGUUCCUUAAAUGAAUUGAUUUAAUAAGUGAAUAACUCUAGUGCUCAAAGAAAUGCAUAAAACAGUAACCUAAACAAUCUAAACUAGCUGAUAAGAGGAAGCUUUUCUAAUAUUGGUGGAAUUCCAAAUAUAACUUAACUUAUUAGAUAGAAUGCUCUAUUUGGUAAUCCAAAUUAAAUUUUUAACUCUAGCUCUUUAGCAGGACAAAGAAGCUUAAUGUAAAACUUACCCCCAGUUUUAUUAGAUUCAGGAUAAUUAGAUAUUGGAACUUUCAAUUUCUAAAUGAGAAAUCAUAUCAGUUAAAUAUCUUAGCCUUCUUCGAAUCAAUUAAGACAGAUGCAGCCUGCAUUAUCUCAAAAUCCAGUUUUAAGUCAUCGUCCGUUGUCUCCAUUAAAUCCUACUUAACACUUGGAUAUCUUAAUUAAUGCUACAACAAGCAUGAGUGUAGAGUAAAGUGUUAAUAAUAAUAGCAAUAAUAAUUAAAGCGAAAAUCAAGGACCUUCUCAAGAACUUUAGCAGCCAUAAUAGAAUGAUGUAUAAAUUUCAUAAAAUGUUGAAUAAGCAUAAAAUAUCAUAGAUAGCAGCUAACCUGAAAGCUAACCUUAAAUUCCUCCAUAAAAUGUAUCUGAAUAGUAAUCUUAAAGGAUUUAAACUGAAGAAGCUGAUAAUCUUUCAUAGAUGCUAUCAAUAGCAAAUAAUUAUCUUCCUACAUAAAAUUCAGAAUCUACAAAUUAAGAAGACAUAAAUUAGAUUGUUAAUGAAAUAACACAAAUUGCUCCUCUUUUCUAAGCCACACUAAAUUAAACCUAAAGAUCUUCAAGUGAUCGUUCAUCAAGUUAAAGAUCUGAAAAUAUAUAGGGAGAACCAAAUUUAAGUUCUAACUAACAGAACUCUUAAUCUGCUAGAAAUAAUGAAAAUAAUACCACUAGCAACAACGAUUAGGUUGCAUCACUAGUAAAUGAGUUAUCUUCAAUUGCUCCACUACUGAUACCUUUAUUUGAUAGCAGCUCUUCACAAUAAAGAAACAACCCAACAAACAGCUCUUCUAACUAAGAUAAUAGAUAAUAACCAAGCACUUUGAGCUAAAAUUCAAAUAAUUAAAGAUCACAAAAUACUAACAUUUAGUAAUAGAAUUCAUAAAACAGUCAAUAAGAUGAAUAACCUAGGAGUACUCCAUCCUAAUAAGAACCUUAAACUUCUUCGGAAGUUUUAGCUUCAAAUUAAGCUGUAUAAUAAAUUCAAUAGUAAUAGUAACAAAAUUAAAGAAGUAGCAGUUCUAAUAACUAAAGCUAUCCUAACCUAUCAUAAAAUUCAAUAAUGGUACUAUCUCGCUUUAAUUUUGAUGCAAGUUUCCUGACUCGUCAUGGUCUUGAUUUCCAAAUCUUUGAUGAACUACCUGAUGACAUUAAAGAGGAGAUGGUUAUAUCUUAUUUGUAAUAUCCUGACAAUGAACCAUCAGUUAGCUAAUAAAAUACAGAUCAGUAAAAUAAUACAACUUAAUAAACAUCUGCUAGUUAAAAUCAAAAUACUGUGGUGAGCAGUAGUGGUGGUGAUAAUAGUAGCGACAUUAGAAAUACUAUUACUAAUAAUGAUUAGCCUACCUCUGUUUCUAAUGUUGUUAAUUAAUAAUAAUCUUAAUCUUAAUCUUAGGAAAAUACAAGAAAUGUCAAUUAACCAAGUAACAAUCAACAAGAAAAUUAAAUUAUUUAAGUUAACCAAGCUAAUGUUGACUUUGUAAAUUAAGCAGACAUAAAUUUAAGAAUGGAAAUUUUACUUUAAUCAGAAGAAAACUUUUUAAGAACUCUUACUCCAGAAAUGCAAGAGGAGGCAAGAAGAUAUAGAGAAAACAAUGGAUAAAUAAAUAGAAAUUAAUUUUUUGAAUUUAGAACUGCACCUAGACAACAGCCAAACUAAUCUCCUCAGCAAAGCUCUUAGAUUGUAAAUUAAAUGGUAAAUUAAAUUUUCAAUAGUAACAAUUACAAAAGCUAAAAGAAGCAAUCCCGUCUGAUUGAUGACUGGAUUUAUAAAGACUAGUUUAUCUAUAAAAAACUAAUUGAAACAGAUGAUAAAUUUAUUGAAUCAAUUUUAAGACUUAUUUACUAUGGCGGUAAGUAGUAAUUCUAAUUCCCAAUAUAACUUCUAGAGCUAAUUUGCAAAAAUCCUAAUGUAGAAUAAAAAGUAUUUGACUCUCUAAUGUUUAUUUUGAUGAAUCCCAACAUGUAAGAAAUAAAAUAGGCUUACAAAAAGGAAAAUAAUGAAUCAGUAAUGGUAGAUGAACAGAAAAAAGAUGAAGAAGAUGUUUUCGAUUUCCCUCUUCUCUAUACUUAUCAUAAAAACUCAAAAGAGACUGAUUACAAAAAAGUUUAUUUGGAUGUCAGUCUAAGAAUAUUAAAAAUUAUUCAAAAACUCACUUUAAAGAGGGUUCUCUUCUUUAUUGAUACUGAAAAAGUAUAGAAAGAUAAUGUAUUAGACAUCAGACCUUUGAUUUAAAUUGAAAAAGAUAAAGGCAACUUGGGAUGUGUUCGCGAAUUGAAGAAAUUUGCAGAAGAAAUCAAUUCUUAGAUAUACGAUCAAAAAUCUUUCUCAUUACCAUACUUCUAAUUUAUAUAUUUACUUACAUAAGAUCCUUUCCGCAAUAACUAUGAUCAUCUAUACUUUUUACUCAGCUCAGUUUAAAAUAUUACUAAAAAACUUUUCUAAUAUCAUUCUGGAAAACAAGAAAUAGAAGAAGAAACUAUAUCGUCUAUACAUGCUUAAUUAGGAAGCUUAGUUGGUAAUUCUAGAAAUGCUCAAGGGUCUGGAAGAAAUGAAACUCAAAAUUAGGACAACCAAGCCUAACAUUCUAUAUUUGCAAAAGAUAAUAGUUUCUAGCUGCAUCCUGAUGUAAUAAGAUGGAUUUGCUCUAUAUUCUCAAGCGAGUGCUUGAAUGAGACUCUUAUCAAAAAGCUUUCUUUAAUUAUUAAUUAGCUAUGCUAUGACAAAACUAAUUUAGAUAUGUUCAUCACAGAGUUAAGAAACAUAAUUAAGCUUUUUAGUAUUUAAAUAAACAAAUAGGUAGUAAAGUGUUUACAAUCAAUAAAAAGCCUUGAUAGAAACUCCCCUUCUUUCUCUUCUCAAUUUAAGAUCCAUCUAAGCUAAAUUGAGUUUUAGAUUUCUGGAGAGAAAAAGAUAUAGAAAAUCUUCUAAAUUAUUUAUGAACUAUUUGAGAAAUCUUUGUGCUAAGUAGAAGAGGAGAGCAAAUUGAAAGAAAAUUCUUAGAAAAAUAAAUCAGCAUCUAAAAAUGAUUUAAAUGCUCCCAAUCAACCUAAUAAUGCAGAUAAUUAAAUGGAAUAAGAGGAAGAUGAAGAGGAAGAAGAAAAAAAAUAGGACACUACAUCUACAAAUAACAAUAAUAAUUUAAAUGCCCAUACUUAUGGAGUAAAUAGACGCACUUCUGUUUCUUAGACAUUUGAAGUACCAUAGCACAGAAAUAGAGGAACAAGCGUGAUUUCAAACUCUGGAGAUCCAAAAUCAAGUGUAAAAAAAUUAAAUAGCAAGCAGUAGUUAAAGGAGUAAGAAAGGUUAGAGAAUAUCAAAAAAGAAAUAAGAAGCAAAUUCUCCGAAAUUAUUUCUCACUAAAAUUUCAAUGAGCUAUGGAUUAAUUGUGCUGAGUUGUUUUCUUUACUAGGAAAAUAUGAACCUUAAAACCUUUCUUCUUACAAUACUGCUAUCGAAAAGUUGCAACCUAUUAUGGAAAGUUACUUUAUCAUUUUUAGAAUCAUGCAUGAUGAAGAUUUUGAAUUUUUGUUAAAAUCUUAAAGUCAAAAGAAGUAACAAUAAUAGAAACAGCAACAAAAAUAAAUCUCUUCUCUUGCAGACGACGAAACUGUAGGAAAUACUGAAGAAUUAUCAUCUCUAGAUUUUGAUUCUCUCAAAGAAAAUAUAAAGGAAUUUGAUAUCUAGCAGAUAUUUAAGUUUAUAUGUGAAUAAUGUAAAGUUGUUAUCAACUAAAUGGUAAGACAGAAUCUUAAGUAGAAGAAAUCAUAAACUAAUAAAAAAUCAAAUGAUGUUCUCCAAAAAGAUCCCUUUGAAAUUAUUUUUAAGAGACAUCCUUAUUUAAUCGACUUUGAAAAUAAAAAGAACUACUUCAAGCAAGAAAUGCAAAACUUAAAACUGUCAAUCCACACAUCAUAGAAAAGAAAGAGAAUAAAAGUAAGAAGAAACCAUGUUUUCGAAGAUUCUUUCUAAUAAAUCGAUUCUAUGAAACCUGAAGAGCUCAAACACAAAUUUAUAAUUGAAUUCGAUUAGGAAGAAGGUAUAGAUGCUGGUGGAUUACUUCGUGAAUGGUUUAUACUUCUUUCCAAGGCUAUUUUCAAUCCUGAUUAUCUCUUAUUUAAACCUUCUUCAACUGGAAAUACCUACUAGCCAAAUAAAAACUCAUAUUUUAAUGAUAACCAUCUUUAAUACUUUAAAUUUGUUGGAAAAGUUGUUGGCAAAGCUUUGUUUGAAGGUCAACUACUCGAUGCUUACUUUACCAGAUCUUUCUAUAAGCACAUUUUAGGGCAGCCAUUAACUUAUCAUGACAUAGAAGAUUAAGAUUACCAAUUCUAUUAGAGUUUAAAAUGGAUUAUGGAGAACGACAUUUCAAUAAUUGGUGAUGAAAUGACAUUUUGUUACGAAGAGUGUGUAUUUGAUAAUAAGUAAAUCAUAGAUUUAAAACCUGAUGGAUAGCAUAUUAAGGUAACUGAAGAUAAUAAAUAAGAAUACGUUAAGCUUAUCUGCUAUGCAAAAAUGGCAAAAGACAUAAAGGCACAAAUAGAAUAUUUCCUUGAAGGUUUCCAUGAAUUAAUUCCUUACGACCUAGUUAAGAUAUUUGAUUCUCAUGAGCUUGAAUUGAUGAUAUCCGGUCUUCCUGACAUAGACAUUUAAGAUCUUAAAGAAAAUACUGAAUAUUAGAAUUACACUCAAAACAGCAAAGUUAUAGAGUGGUUCUGGUAGAUUAUGGAAGAAUUCGAUAAUUCAGCUAGGGCAUCAUUCUUAUAAUUUGUAACAGGUACUUCAAAGGUUCCAGUUGAGGGCUUUAAAGGAUUAAGAGGUAUUUCUGGUUUACAGAAAUUCUAAAUUCAUAAAGCUUAUGACCCAAAGAAACUUCCUAUAGCUCAUACAUGUUUCAAUUAACUUGACAUUCCCGAAUAUCCAAGUAAAGAAAUCUUAAAGAAAAAACUUCUUUUAGCAAUAUCUGAAGGUAAAGAAGGAUUUGGCUUUGCUUGA